UUGAAGAAGAAUGGUUGUAAACUUCUUGGUUUCAGUGAUAUUCAUAGCAAUUUGUUUUUACUGAUAUCAAUCUUGACAGGGUUACACAAACCAACUUCAGGAACUAUUAUUGUGCAUGGUUUCGACAUUCGUAAGAACAUCGACAAUCAACUGAAAUUCUAUGGGAGCUUAAGAGGUGUGGCAGAUGAAAAAUUAAUCAGUCAAAUUGAUCAGAUCAUAGCUGAUAUUGGACUCAUCGAAAAACAGAAUGAAAUGGUAGAAACUCUUUCAGGUGGAAUGAAACGCAAGCUUUGUAUUGGAAUUGCUUUAUUGGGAAAUCCGAAAAUAGUCAUUUUUGAUGAACCUACUGCUGGUAUUGAUGCCCAGGCUCGACGUUCCAUUUGGAAUCUUCUUCUUAAAUAUAAAGAAGGUCGAACGAUUAUAUUAUCCACACAUCACAUGAAUGAAGCGGAUAUUCUUGCGGAUCGAAUCAUUAUAAUUGGUAAUGGUAAUUUAUUGGCAGCUGGUUCUUCAUUUUUUUUGAAAAGAAAAUUUGCUGAUGGCAUUCAUUUGAAUAUGCUUGUUGAAUCGAAUGAUUCUGCAAAGUGCGACAUGAUCAAAUCUUUCAUAUCAAAUAAAAGUGACGGCAGAGGUGAACUGGUCGAGCAAAUCGGAAAUGAAUAUAUUUUCAGACUUUCUUUUGAACUUAGUCUUGAUCAGCUAAAAAGUUUGUUUACAUCGUUAGAUGAGCAAUAUUCGAAUUUUGGCAUUAUUAAUUAUGGAAUUUCAACUCCAUCGCUUCAACAAUUAAAAGAUCUUUUGACGAAUUUUGCAGAUUUUCAGCAAGCACCGAUUCCUCAGGAAUUCCAUUUCUCUAGGAAAUUUAAUCUGGAGAAAACUUGGACUGCAUUUCUAUCGUCCAGUUCGAGACACUAUGUAAAUUCUUUUGUACCAAAGUACCGUAUCAUUCCGACCAUGAAUAAACAUCGAGAUAUAUUCAUAAACAUAGCUGCAAAAGAGAAAAAUAAAGAUAUACGUGAACGAAAUGGUUGCUUACGCUUUAUUCAACGAAAAAUUUUUACGAAUUAUGUGUCGUCUUUGUAUAGUGUGAACAAUGCGAAUCAUAGAACCGAGCUGAGUUGUAAUGAUCAACACACAAACAGAGAUUAUGCCCAUCCAUCUGUAACAUUUAUUAAGAGUUUCGUAUUACUAAAGCAGCAUGUGAAAGCACUCUGUCUAAAACGCUUCCAUAUUUCAAAGCGGAACAUACUCUGUAUUCUAGCAGAAAUUCUUUUACCAAUAUUUAUCUUGUUAGUCGCUGAAACAUAUAAUAAAAUAAUGUCUAAUCCCUCCAUGAAUGUUGCCAAUUUCGUUCAACAACCGUUAGAGUUGAUAACUGGUAUUUAUGGCAACUGGUCGAUUUCUUAUUUUAGAUUUUCAAGUUUUCUUAUUCUGGUCCACUUGUUUCCUGUUGUUACUUUUAGUCCAACACUUGGUGGCACUUAUUAUCCAUGUUUUAAAAAUGCUUCUUUUUUAACAAAGUUGAUGUUACCUUCUAAAAUUCCUUCAUCGAACUUUUCUGUAAGUUUCUUAAUUGCUUUUUUCUCCUUUUUGUUAUUUUUGUCGCAUUUUGUCUUAACUUUAAAUGCUACAAAUUUAUACAUGCGUUCUAGCUGCGGUUGCGGUGAUGGUAUAUGGAAUUGCACGAAUAAUAUUGAUCUAGACUUUGUUUCUGAUAUUAUGAAUGUUACUCUAGCAAGCGCUAAUGUAGUACUUGAUUUAAGUUAUCGGAAUAUAUCUCAGUUUCGUCUCAUUACUGCCGAUUAUUCCUUUCGAUUUCCUCUUAUGUGA